GUGAUGUGGGUGGAUUCGAUUGUUUUAAGUUGUUAAAAUAGAGUGUGUCGGACUUAUAGUUACUUAGGAUGGCUUUGUACGAUAACAGUUUCUGGCUGUUAUCUCAUAUACGAAAUUCAUUCAUAACAACAGAUGAUACAGGACAAUGUGAAUUGGUAAUGACAGGGGAAACAAAGGACAUAAAGAAGCACAUCUUAUCGAAAGAAGAAUAUCCAGAUCAACUGGAAGACAGUGAAGACGAAGAGGAUGAAUUAGAGUCAGAGUCGUACGACAUUGAAACAGAAUACAACUUAGGUAUUCGAGAAAGAUCCAACACAGCAGCACAAUUAGACAAAAUCGACCCCAAUAAAACGUCGACCAAAAUGCAACACAUUAAGUGGGAGACCAAUAAGUCGGUACCGCAGGAGUACCUCGAUGAAUUGUUCGUGAAACGGGACAUAAGCCAGAUCAAAAUCGAGAACAAAAAGUCCCUUGUGAGUGAGAUGUUGCAGAAGUAUAAUAACUUGCCCGUUAACCCAUACAUUGAAUACGCCAAAUGUGAUGGUAGCGGACAAGUCAAUAUACAGACCAGAAAGUACAAAAUCUUCCUGACGAUGUUACCGGAAAGUAAACGUAAUUAUCCACUGCACGUGUGUUGCAUCUCCUCCGUCACCAUAGAAGACCUCAUUGGAUUGAUUUUGUUGCAAAUGAGCACCAAAUAUCCGGAAGUGCCGUUAAAAGACAUCAGCAGUUACGGUCUUUAUAUAACGGAGGAGGACGGCGAAGUAGACCGGGAUUUCCCUUGUUUGAGUCCCAAGGAGUGCGUCAACAAGUUCAUGUUUAACUGCCUCGGGUUGGUGGAGCACAAGGAUACAAAAACGGUGUCUUUCGAUAACAGCCAAGUGAUUGCUGUAGGGCCUUCAUUUGACAAGAAGAAAACUUUAAGAGAUACAAAACUGGAGGAGUCAAAGAAGAUACAAAACAUGAUACUAAUAGAUGUUCACAAUAAAGCCAUGGAGGCCCCUUUGUACCAGUCAUACAGGGUGUUCAAGGUGAUAAACAAGCUGAGGACCACUGUGGAAAUCCACCUAGGUAUAAGCGGGGAAAAAAUCGAAAUAGACCCCAUCCAACAGAAGAACUCCACCUUCAACUUCUCCAUGAAACAAAAGGCCAUUAGCCACCACAUGGACACGAUAGCCUGGUGCGAGAUAACCGACGUCAAAACUAACAGGACCAGCUUCAAAAUCGUCUACAGUCUUUCCUUUGGUGGUUCCAGUUCUGUUGACUCGAGUUACGGAAGCGGCGUUUCUGGUUUCCCUCCUGUCCUCCAGUCCUCGGCCAGUUUUAAGCAGUACGAGUUCGAGGCCGACAAUGCCACAGCCAUUGACGUGGUGCAAAAGAUCAAUGCCAUACUGGAGUUGAGGUCAAGUGCCAGUAGGAAAGAAUACAUAGCGGCGAAGGAGAGAAAGCACCAUAAAAGAAAAUCGUUUAAUCUGAUAAAGAAGUGACAUUCAGUUGAUAAAUUAUUUGUAAUAUGGACGCUGGUUUGUGUUUAACUGAUUUUUGUUUAAGGUUGCAACCAAUUCAGUGGAUAAUGUAAUUUUCUUGAUAACAUCAUCUGUGGUGUUAAAACACACAGCAGAACGGUGGUAAGAUAUGAUUGAAUUAAUUAGUAGAGACUUAAAUUGUACAGUAUAUGUAAUUGUUUCAGUAGUAAUAUUUAUACAUAUUGCUUAAGAUAUAAACCUCAAUUAUGUUUAACAUUAUUUAAUAGAAACAUUCGCCAAUUUGACUUCCUUAAAGUUUUCAUCGGGGGCAAGUUUGUCAUGUUUGUAUUGAGCUACAUAAAAAUGCUGCCUAUAACAUUUUUAAUGUAGUAUUUAAAAUGAAAUUGUACUUGGCUAGGUGAAAAUUAUUAUUAUGCACGUUUUACAUUUUAUGUUCUAUUAAUUGCCAUGUAUACAAAAAUAUUGCCUUUUUAUACUUUAUACUCAAUAAAUUGAAAUAUUUUGCAGAAAUAAAAUAGAAUAUGAAACAUU